ACACAUGGAGUCCUAAAAGCAUCUUUUGCAACGUGAUGAGGAUAUGAACCUCAGACUGCCUCUCUUGCUGGGGUUUGGUGGGGGUAGCAUGCACCUAGGGUCUUUAGCACGCGUCUAGCACAGCGCAGGUACCCAAGUACUCUUUUAUGUUAUUAUUCCGACAAUCAACAUCAAGUUUAUAAACACCCCGACUUUCUCCCCUUGGACUGUUGCUGUCUUCAUUUAUCGGUGCCUUUCCCUGCCUUUCCCUGCCUUUCCUUUCCCUGCCCUUCACGGUUGCCGGGCGUCUAGCGUAGCGCCAUCGCGCCAAUGGGCCGAUUCGUAACUGGAGCUGGCUCUGAGAGUCGCAAUGGACGACUUUUCCGAUGAUGAUUUCGAUGCUCUCAACGCCAACGCUCUCCAGGAGCUGGAGAACAAUGCCAUUCAAUUCACUCAAGCUCAAAAGCCCUAUCCGCGCCAAGAACCCCCACCCUUGCCUGCUCCUCAGCCACGACAGGACGAUGGCUACGAUUACGAGGACGACGAUCUCGACGAUGCUGUGGUAGUCGUCCAGGAUGCUCGCCAGCCAAAGCCUGCUCUCUCGCCCACUCGUGAUAGAUCGGCCCAAUUGCCAACAAGAAUACCACUUCAACAGCAGCAGCAGCAGCAACAGCAACGACAACAACCACACUAUCACCAUCCCAAUCAGCAACAGCAGCAGCAGCAGCAGCAACAGCGAAAAGAGACAUGGCGCCCCAACGGCCCUUCUCAUGCUACUGGAGUUGGUCCUCGACCUUCACAGCAGAUGUCAAGGAGCCAGAAUUUCCCCUACAGCCAGAUACCCCGACCUCCACCUCCCUUACCCCGUCCUGCUCCCUCGAUCCCCUCUAGAUACCAGCCGUCCCAGGCACCACGCCCGACGGGGGUCUCAUCUCACGAGAUCGCUGCUCUCCAAGCACAAAUCCUAGACCUGAAAUCAAAACUCACUACAAAGGAUGGAGAGAUUAGCAUUGUGCGGAAACGCUUGGAGAAGUCUCGCGAAGACCAUGAGCGCGAACUUCAGAUCAUCAAAGCGCAGACGGCUGAACAAUUGGCGAAGCAGGAGCGGGCAGUCGAGGCGGCGAGAGCUGCUAAGGAAUCAGCAACCACCGAGCUCGAGUUUACAAGGCGAGAUUUAAGGGAGGAGGUCGUCCGUGCCAAGCGUCAUGACGGACCGGGAACGCCCAAGAAGAAUUCCGUUGCGAAAGCCUGGGGCGUCUCAGACGGGUUCGAAGAUGUUGAGAUGGCCGGUAGCCCGACCAAGGGCAAACGGGGUAAGAAUGCCGGUCCGGUGGCUAGCUCCGUCUUCGAACCGUCAUCGAAGCUGCUGAAAACUCCUACGAAAAGCAAGCGGAAGCGCCCGGCCGUUGACAGCCCCGUCAUGGCCCUCGAAACGCACUCGGAUGAUGUUGUCAUGCUUGACGAUGUGAGAGUAGAUGAAAUCGGCGUUGUGCAAAUGCCACCUUCCAUGCAAGGAAAUCUAUCUUUUGAUUACGUUAGAGCCAUCUUGAACCAUAGCGCUGGCUUCGGUCGCCCCUUGACGUUGGAGUAUCUCUCUCAUUUCAAGCUCCCAUCUAGGCCCAACGAAAGCCUUGCCUCUAUCCUCUUAACAAAGCUCAGCACUGCUGGAGACCCCAAUGACCCCACUCAGCUGCCCAUACAAUUUUGCUUGGAGGUCAUUCGAAUAUGGGAUGCUUGCAAGAAAGAAGCCUGUUUGGCUCCUAUUACUUCUCUGGUAGCGCUAGUGUCGUUCACCUUGCAAUUACAAACUGUGGCGUUGGCUCCCUACAUUGCUCCUACCUUGCUACCGGUAGCGAUGGAGGCUUGCUAUGAGGUGGCUAUACCCCGAUUUAAUAACUCUGUUCCCGGGGAUCCGACGGAUGAAGCCUUUAUCAAGUUCAGGGAUAGUAUUGACACGACUAAGAUCCUAUCCCUUCUGUAUCUCACGGCUCUCGGAUGCGCGACAUCGGAACCAGUUGGUGGCAGCAUCUUAUCUCCAGUCGUUGAUUUCUGGAACUCUGUGCACAUACAAUUUGUGCUGAUGCUUCUGCAUAGCAAGCAGCCGGUUGGUGACUUCACCGCAACUUUGAGACUGCUCGGUACAUCCGUCUUCCCCGACAGCAUCGGCCCCAUCAACCCAGACAAGGAGCCGGAAGAGGUGGGGCGAUUGCUGAUAGACCGGAUCUCCGUGCACCUCACGGAAACGCCGCGAUGGGAUAUCGACGAGGCGCAGCUUCGGGAGGUGCGGCUCGCGGCGCUGCAGACUCUCUCGGCAUUCGCAAGAUCCUCAUUGGGGCUCAUACAGCUCGCCAAACACCAAUGGAUGAUUCCGCGGCUCGUGACACUCCUGUCGUGCAGCAUUGAGGAACUCUACGACGGCGACAUGCAAUAUUCGUCGGCGGAUGGAGAUGCGGCGCCGUGCGGACUACAGCGGCUCGUGGCGCACGUCAUGCAAUUGCUUCACAUGGUUAUCACGGCACCGCUCGGCAGCGACACGGUGGACGUGUCGGCCAAACUGGCCAAGACGACGGGCGGCUCACAAAAGUACCUGAUUAGCUUGUCGAGGCUGAACUUCGCCGACGACCUCGUGUCGGAGGAUACGGCGGAGCUGGCACACGAGCUGCUCGAGAUGGCGGUGACGUCAGAGGCGGGACAGGAACUGGGCGAGUUUUUCAACGGUUGACACAGGUUUUAACAAUAACCAUGUUCGCCGCUAAACAAGAGCAAAUGAGACCUCACCCUACUCUAUCUAUGCUCGCGCCCUUUCCUAUCUAGUCUUCUCACGAAAUCGGCUUUUAUUUUUAUUCAACUCUUUUUUUUUCCCUCCCGUCGUUGGGCUUGGUUUUGGCUGGGCAUAUUUGGAGCUUGGGAAGAGGGUAUUGAUGGGAGCUAACAAAGGCGGACUGGAUAUCACACACAGCGGUUCUAUAUGGAUGUUUUAUAUGGGUGGGAAUACCAAUACCCGGAUUGGGGAUGACAAUGACGACAGUAAUGACAACAAAGGGCAUACUAGGAGCAAAGCAUGCCGGUGUCUGUAGUGGGGUUUCUGCUUAUCUAAGGUUAGAUAUGUCUGGCUACUACUGAUAUUUUGAAUCAGUUGUGUUUGAACACAUUGCACUCGGUGUUCUGGGUUUCUGUCAGGGCAUUGCAUGAACUGAAUUGGAUUGACUAGGUAGAUGGGAGAGUUCCCAGCAGGGCUACAGUACAGGGUCAUUUCGAUGGAACAUUGGAGCUCCCGGAGGAGGAAUACUCAGCAUUGAACAAGUUCAAUACCAGCUAUGUACAGUUAGAUGUAAUUAACGUAAAAGGAUAAUAUAGGGGGUCUCAUCUUUUUUAA